AUGGAUCUAAUGAGUCUGACUGCUCGGGACCUUUCCAACAAGUGUCUUGAAGCUUUCCAACUAUGCUUAGCUUUUCGCUCUCCCGAACCUAAUUUGUCCAAUCAGCAGGCGUCUCAUGAUGAGCGAUUUGAGUAUCGCUUGGCAGACUUCAAUCUCUGGAUCGAUGGAAUCGGCGCCUUGGCUCCUUCAAAAGCCUCACUAGAUGCCAGGUUGAGUGAGCGACCGAUUGACCUUUCCCUCGUCAAAGGAAACCUUGUUAUGCUGUUUCAGUCCCUCGAAGACUGUUUGAAUUUUCUCAAUGAUGAUGGAGACCUCGAAGACACCUUACUUGACAUUGACUCGGCCCUGGAAAGUCUUGUCACUUUGUCCCUAGCUAUUCGUAGGACAGGACGUCGGUCGCGGCUUCACAAAGCAGAUCGCCUUUUCAAACCGGAAGAACACGCUGAGUUGAGGAAACACUUGGAAGCCAUCAUUGUUCUGCGUCCUGGGUCUGGUUCAUGCUUUAACGAUGAUGAGUUUCAAACCAAGAUCGAGUCGCUGACACCACAGCAAAAUCAUCUUAUCACGGCCAACUUGAAGCGAAGAAAUAGGUUCAUACAGGCUCAGCUACACUCUUUGGGUUUGAAGAAAAGAAGUGUUGCCUUCGAGUUGCCGGUUCCUGAAGCCGUGGAAAAGGAUCAUAACCAGGUCCCCUUUUCGACGAGUGAAGUAGAAGAGGUUGCCGUCCCCAUUGUCUCCGAUACUGACGCCCAACCUCACAAACCGCUGCCAGCACCCAUGUCAGUCACCUCAGCUUCGGUUCCCGAAAGUAAGCUCGAAUACAGAGAACCCAUUUCCAAGAGAACAGAGUCUACACCAAUGACCGUCAUUACUCAGAUCACUGCUUCAGCUCGAUACCCGCGUCCACGAGUAUAUGAUAACGAGCAGAAGGUUGUUCAAUGUCCGUGCUGUUGUCAGACCUUGCCCGUAGCAGAGGCUAAAAACAACAACCGAUGGAGAAAGCACUUAGCAGAAGAUAUACGCCCGUAUACCUGCAUAUUUGACAGCUGUCCUACACCAGACGUGUAUUACAGCAGUAGAUCGAUGCUGGAAGAGCAUUUUCGUCAGGACCAUCCACCAGUUUGGGUAUGUCCUUUGUAUGACGAAGAUUUAGUCUAUUCGACCAUGAGUGAAAUGAUGGACCAUCUUCAUAAGGCCCAUCCAGACAAUGGGGAGGACAUCUCACCGAUUAUUUCAUCGUCCGCGCAGACUAGAAUGGGCAUAAGGAGCUGUCCCCUCUGUGAAGUCAACGGUGAACCCGAUUCCCCAGAGCUCAUAGAACACGUCCUUGAACACGUACACGACUUCUCGCUCCGAUCACUUCCCUGGCCUAGACCCUCAGAAGUCGAUAUCGGCGGUGAAGUCGGGUCUUUCAAUCCGGAACGUGACGGGGCUGUUGCGAUCACUCAAUGGCUGGAGCUUUAUGAGCAUGAAGCGGAAGACAUUGAUCCUACAUUGGAGCUAUCAACUUGCGACUAUGGAAGGCUGGCAAUUAUAACCGAACAGAUAGCGUCUAGGAGACAGGAUAAGCUUGGCCUUGAUAUCUGCUUUGCUGACGAGCAUGGCGACGAAUCUGCUGAGGCCGAGACUGAUAUUUCAGAGCUUACCCAAGACACUUUUGAAUCGAUCAAAGAGGCUCGUGAUGUGGUCUUGUGCCAUGAAUGCUCCUUGAGAUGGUAUAGAGAUGAAGAUGGAAUGCAGUGUCCCAAAUGUCAAAGCGAGUUCGUUGAGAUUGUCGAUCCAGAAAGUGGCUCUGAGGGUUCAGAUCUUCUCGGUACUGUUACGAGGCCAGGCUUCGCUACGAUAGCUAGUCAUGGUGGACACGGUGAUGAAAGCAGGCAUUCAAGCGAUGCCACAGCCUCCAAACCAAGCGCCCGAGAGUCCACCUCCGGCUUUCGAAGAUUCACUGACCGUCUCUUCUCCCGCAAGAAGGCCGAUAAUAUUGAAUCCCGGCCUGGUCAAGACGCCCCCGGGAACUUGGUCCAAUUUCUAGCGCUCAAGCAGAGUGCCGUAGCGAACCAGGAGGCCUGGAAGAUUCUGUCAAAUUUUUACUACAGGCAGCUAGACUCUCCCUCGAGAACACGGUCAAUGUUUGCAAAUUUUAUCAGAGAUGUCCAACAUGAGGAUAUUCGGCCAACCCACACACUUGUGUCUGAUCUAGAUAGCUUUUUACAAGUUAUGGUCGGGUUUUACUUGAGUCCACUCAAACCAUUACCUCCAAAGGACCUUUCGAAACCAAUAUCAAACUACUUUAUCAACAGUACCCAUCGGACUAUGUUGCGUACAUCAUCAGGACCUCACACCACUGCUGAUGCAAUACGAGAAGUGCUUCACUUUGGGCAUCGAGUCAUUAAUUUGAAUGUUUGGAAUGGCGCGUGGGAAGAACUCAAACCUGAGAGGACCACGAAGACAAUCAACCGGCUAUUCGGCCUCAACAGAGCAACUGAUGCACUGAAGCCCGUGGCUCCAAAGACCACUCUCUCCGAAUCAGCUCAGUUGAGAUCCUCUGCUGAACCAAUCGUCAAGGAUGGCUCCUUGACGCCAUGUGGUUUCAGAGAAGCCUGUCGAGUAAUCAAAAAGUCUGCCUUUGUCAAUACUGACCUACCUGUGAUCAUCCAUCUUACGGUCUACGUAGACCAUGAUCAUCAAGACACACUGGCUCAAAUCAUGAAGGAAGAGUGGCGUGAUAGUCUGAUCGACGAGAUAGUUGAGGGUUGCGAUCCACGAUUUCGGCUACCAAAAUUGGAGGAUCUUCGAGGUCGGAUACUUGUUAGUCUAACAAGAUAUUUUCCUGCCAAGGAUGACAACGCCCUACAUGACAACCGUACUCAAAAGCCAUUGCCCAUGGUUAUUGUAGGGCGACUAAACGAGCUUGAUAUCUACAUGCGACGCUUGCGCUUCCAUGGUUUUGAUAGUCUCAACACAAAAGAACCUAGCACUGUUUGCUCCCUGCAGGAAGCGGAGGUUGAGAAAAUUAUUUCGACAUCAUCGACUUACCUUUUUUUACGAAACCAACAGUACCUUUUUUAUGUCAAUCCGAACUCGGCGAGACAAGAAUCUUCAAACCUCGAUCCCUUGCGAUUUUGGAGACAUGGUGUUCAAAUGGCUGCAAUCAGCGGGCAUAAAGUAGAUGAGGGUAUGAUGUUGAAUGAAGGAAUGUUUGCUGAUGAAUCAGGAUGGGUUCUGAAACCUGUCGGUUACCAAAGCCACAGCAAUAAUAUCUCGACCGAUCUCGAAGCAGCUCCACGAAAGGAGCUUGAUCUAUCCAUAUUCGUUUUCCAAGAUCAGGAGUUUCUGGCUCGUACGCACCGAGAAAUUAAGGACCUUUCAUCAUUCAUGAGGGUCUCACUCCAUGUUGAUGGCGAAGUAAAUGCUUGGGUAUCAGGAGGUGACUUCCCAAUAUCUACAGAUGAUGGCUCUGGUGCUUUAGGCUACGAGCUCAACUUCCAUGUAGCCAAAGCAAAUCCCAGCCUCUUUCCAAAGCUUAGCAUCCUUAGGUUGACAUUUGCGGACUACUCGUCAGACGACGGUUUAUUCGCGUGGGCCAGUCUCAGGCUAGAUCGCUUGAAACAAGGUUACCGACUAGUGCAACUUUACGACAGCGAAGGGUUGCCGUUGAUGCAACAGAGAAUACUCUUAAAGUUUAAGAUUAGUUGGCAGUAA